GCGGAUGCGUGGUGACCGAUGUCGCCUCCCUCUCCUCAUUCGGCCUCCCAUUCCACUGUACGGGUGCAGGGAUCGGGGGCGGCCCUCGGGGAUUUUAGGGUUGGAAAUUAGGGCCCGACCUCUUCCACCCUUCUCCCCCUGGGCUGGGGGACGCGGCCUUUUUGAUUCCACUUGAUCAUUCUUCAAAAUAAUUUCUCUGUUCUCCUAGGACCAAAAAUCGCCUCCAACCCCAUCUGGUGCAGCUUUGGCUAAAACUACGGAGGAGAGUCCCCCAUUGUCCUCUGGAAUGGACACAAGUUCAGUGGGAGGAUUAGAAUUGACGGAACAGACUCCUGUUUUAUUAGGGACUACAGCCAUGGCAACUAGUCUCACAAAUGUAGGAAAUUCAUUUGGAGGUCCAACCAAUUCUUUAGUUUCUAGAUCUAAUAAGUUUCAGAACACAUCAGUAGAAGAUGAUGAUGAUGUUGUUUUUAUUGAACCUAUACAACCCCCACCAACUGCUGCCCCAGUGGUAUCUGAUCAAAGAAACAUCACAUUUACAUCAUCAAAAAAUGAAGAGCAACAAGGAAAUGAUUCUAAGCUUUCUUCCUCAAAAGAUUUGACUUCUCAGAAGGGAAGUAUAAGUGAGACAAUUAUCAUUGAUGAUGAAGAGGACAUUGAGACAAAUCAAGGUCAAGAGAAAAAUGCUUCCAGUUUUAUUGAACGGAGACUUCCUGAGACUAAAAACAGAACCAAUGAUUUGGAUUUCUCAGCUUCCAGUUUUUCAAGAAGUAAGGUAAAUGCAGGAAUGGGUAAUAGUGGUAUCACCACAGAACCAGACUCUGAAAUUCAGAUUGCUAAUGUUACUACAUUAGAAACAGGUAUAAGCUCAGUGAAUGAUGGCCAAUUAGAAAAUACUGAUGGGCGUGAUAUGAACUUAAUGAUUACACAUGUAACAUCACUGCAGAAUACCAACUUGGGAGAUGUCUCUAACGGACUGCAGUCAAGUAAUUUUGGUGUUAAUAUACAAACAUACACCCCAUCUUUAACUUCACAGACCAAGACUGGAGUAGGACCUUUUAAUCCUGGUAGAAUGAAUGUGGCAGGAGACGUUUUUCAGAAUGGAGAAUCUGCAACUCAUCAUAAUCCUGAUUCCUGGAUCUCUCAGUCAGCUUCAUUUCCCCGAAACCAGAAGCAACCUGGGGUGGAUUCUUUGUCACCAGUGGCCUCACUUCCUAAGCAGAUUUUCCAGCCUCCCUCACAACAGCAACCUACAAAGCCAGUUAAAGUUACUUGUGCAAACUGCAAAAAACCUUUGCAGAAGGGACAGACUGCUUAUCAACGAAAAGGAUCUGCUCAUCUGUUUUGCUCUACUUCUUGUCUUUCCUCUUUCUCACACAAGCCUGCUCCAAAGAAACUCUGCGUCAUGUGCAAAAAAGAUAUAACAACAAUGAAAGGUACCAUUGUUGCUCAAGUGGAUUCAAGUGAAUCCUUCCAGGAAUUCUGUAGUACUUCAUGCUUAUCACUCUAUGAAGACAAACAGAAUCCUUCAAAAGGACUCUUAAAUAAAUCAAGAUGUACAAUCUGUGGCAAACUAACAGAGAUUCGCCAUGAAGUAAGCUUUAAAAACAUGACGCAUAAGCUCUGUAGUGACCACUGCUUUAAUAGAUAUAGAAUGGCAAAUGGCUUAAUAAUGAAUUGCUGUGAACAGUGUGGCGAGUACUUGCCUAGCAAAGGUGCUGGCAACAAUGUCCUUAUCAUUGAUGGCCAGCAGAAAAGAUUUUGCUGCCAAAGCUGUGUCAGCGAAUACAAACAGGUAGGUAGUCACCCCAGCUUUUUGAAGGAGGUUAGAGAACACAUGCAGGACUCCUUCCUGAUGCAGUCAGAGAAAUACGGUAAAUUGACAGCUUGUACUGGUUGUAGAACUCAGUGCCGGUUUUUUGAUAUGACUCAGUGUAUAGGUCCCAAUGGAUAUAUGGAGCCAUACUGUUCAACUGCUUGCAUGAACACACACAAGACAAAAUAUACAAAAUCACCAAGUGUGGGAAUCAUUUGUCACUUUUGUAAGCGAAAUUCUUUACCUCAGUAUCAAGCCACAAUGCCUGAUGGAAAACUGUACAACUUUUGCAAUUCCAGUUGUGUAGCUAAAUUUCAGACUCUUAGUAUGCAAUCAUCCCCAAAUGGUCAGUUUGCAGCACCAAGUGAUAUUCAGUUGAAGUGCAGUUAUUGCAAAAAUUCUUUUUGUUCCAAACCUGAGAUUCUGGAAUGGGAGAACAAAGUAUAUCAGUUCUGCAGCAAAACAUGUUCAGAUGACUAUAAAAAGUUGCAUUGCAUUGUUACAUAUUGUGAAUACUGCCAAGAGGAGAAGACCUUGCAUGAAACAGUAAAUUUUUCUGGAGUAAAGAGGCCAUUCUGUAGUGAAGGCUGCAAACUACUUUAUAAACAAGAUUUUGCAAGACGUUUAGGAUUGAGAUGUGUUACUUGCAACUAUUGUUCCCAGCUUUGUAAAAAGGGAGCAACUAAAGAACUUGAUGGUGUGGUGAGAGAUUUCUGCAGUGAAGAAUGCUGUAAAAAAUUUCAAGAUUGGUAUUAUAAGGCUGCAAGGUGUGACUGUUGUAAAUCCCAAGGAACUCUUAAAGAACGUGUGCAAUGGCGUGGGGAAAUGAAACAUUUCUGUGAUCAGCACUGCCUAUUGCGUUUCUACUGUCAGCAAAAUGAACCUAACAUGGCAACCCAAAAAGGACCUGAAAACUUACAUUAUGACCAGGGUUGCCAGACUCCUCGGACAAAAGUGAUGAGUUCUGCACCACCUCCUUCUCCUACGCCUAACAAAGAGAUGAAGAACAAAGCAGUUCUUUGUAAACCUUUGACAAUGACAAAGGCCACAUAUUGUAAACCUCACAUGCAAACAAAAUCUUGUCAGACAGAAGACAGUUGGAAGACAGAAUAUGUUCCAGUUCCUAUCCCUGUACCUGUGUAUAUCCCAGUGCCCAUGCAUAUGUACAGUCAGAAUAUUCCUGUUCCCACAACUGUUCCUGUUCCAGUGCCAGUACCUGUAUUUUUGCCUACUCCAUCGGAGAGUAAUGAGAAAACUCCUGUAACAACUCCCGUAGUAACUGAAGAGUUAGAGAGUAAAGUAUGUUCAGAUCCCCUUGGUAGUGAGCUGCUUAAAAUGACGGCAGAUAUGAUGGCUGAAGAGGAAGAAAAAACUGAAGCUACUGACAUUAACAGUGUAAUUAUUGAAACAGAUGUAAUAGUAGAUACAGAUGCCAUGAAGAAUUCUGACACAGAAACACAAGCAAGUAUGCCUGAUGUUCCAUAUGAACCAGACCUUGACAUUGAAAUUGAUUUUCCUAGAGCUGCUGAGGAGCUUGAUAUGGAAAAUGAAUUUCUAUUACCACCUGUCUUUGGGGAAGAAUAUGAGGAGCAGCCACGACCUCGAUCUAAAAAGAAGGGAGCAAAGAGAAAGGCUGUAUCAGGAUACCAGUCACAUGAUGAUAGUUCUGACAAUUCAGAAUGCAGCUUUCCCUUCAAAUAUACAUAUGGUGUAAAUGCUUGGAAACACUGGGUUAAAACUAGGCAACUUGAUGAAGACCUACUAGUAUCAGAUGAAUUAAAAUCCACCAAGUCAGUAAAGUUAAAAGAGGAUCUACUAUCUCACACUACAGCUGAACUUAAUUAUGGGUUAGCCCAUUUUGUCAAAGAAAUCCGAAGGCCAAAUGGAGAGAACUAUGCACCUGACAGCAUCUAUUAUCUUUGCCUUGGCAUCCAAGAGUACUUGUGUGGUAGUAAUCGAAAAGACAACAUAUUUAUUGAUCCAGGUUACCAAACAUUUGAACAAGAAUUAAGUAAAAUACUUAGAAGUUGGCAACCAAGUAUACUUCCAGAUGGGUCAAUUUUUUCUCGUGUUGAAGAAGAUUAUCUCUGGAGGAUUAAACAGCUAGGAUCUCACUCUCCAGUAGCUCUUCUGAAUACACUGUUCUACUUUAACACUAAAUAUUUUGGCCUGAAAACAGUGGAGCAACAUUUAAGACUUUCCUUUGGCACCGUGUUUAGGCAAUGGAAAAAAAAUUCUGUAACAAUGGAAAACAAAGCAUGUCUUCGAUACCAAGUGUCUUCCUUGUGUGGAGCUGAUAGUGAAGAUAAAAUUACUACUGGAAAGAGAAAACAUGAAGAUGAUGAACCAGUAUUUGAACAAAUUGAAAACACAGCCAAUCCUUCUAGAUGUCCUGUGAAGAUGUAUGAAUGCUACUUAUCAAAAAGUCCACAGAAUCUUAAUCAAAGAACGGAUGUUUUUUAUUUACAACCAGAAUGUUCAAGUUCGACAGAUAGUCCUGUCUGGUACACUUCUAAUUCACUGGACCGAAACACAUUGGAAAAUAUGCUUGUACGGGUUCUUUUAGUAAAAGAUAUUUAUGAUAAAGACAAUUCUGAACUGGAUGAAGACACGGAUUAAAAUAAACUUUUCAAAAGCAGUUGGGAUAAAACAGCAUUAGAUAGUCAUGCUGCUAGAUCUUUAUUAUGGAAAACAUUUCAAGUUUACUCCUUCUGUUUCGAGUUUUGUAGCAGUGUACCCACACUGGGUAUUACCAUGUAAAUAAUCUGUGAGUGAAAGUUGCCAUUAUUCUAUGUAGUGGUUUUAGGAUACUUAACAAACACAUUCAAAUUCAUUUUUUUUUUAUUAUUUAUUUGAUUAGGUAUGUUUGUAACUUUUUACAUUACAAAAUAUGAAUGAGAAUGUGCCAUGUGUAAUUUCUUUUCUUGUAGUAAGAAACAUCCAUAUUGCACAACUCCACUGUCGCCACACUUCCUUGGAAGGGGGGGGGGGGCUCCUUUACUGGGUUCUUGACCCUGAUGGCUGUGUAUGGGUUAGCACUACUAAAGUUUAGAACUUGCAGUGUCUUUCAGAAUUUUUAAAUAAACUGUAAACUAAUAGGUUUUUUUUUUAAAUUUUUUAGUUUCUGAAGCCUUACAGGGCUAUGUAGAGAGAUUCCAUCUUAUGUACCAAAAAUAGACAAAAGAAUGCUGUCAAUAUUGGUGUACUGUAAUGUGAAUCUAUACUGGUGAAAACAACUCUUUUGUUCCCCUCAUUAAAACCUUAGUGUCCUUUCCUCAUUUGUGACUUUCUGCAUCGCCCCAAUAAAUAAAACAUAUAUAAUGAC